AAAAAAAAAAAAAAGUUUGAGAAACUUCAAUAUAGAGUUUUUUUGAGAUGCUCUAGUCAAUAUGAUGAAUGUCUUUCAGAUGAGCUUAUGAACUAGUAAUACUUUCAGUGAUAAAAAUUAUAUUAAUCAAAGGAAAUAAUGUAUUUACAGAUUUUAAAGAGUAUCAAUUUAUAGAAAAAUUCUGAUCCGUAAAUCUUGGCUGCUGCAUAAUAUAUAUACACUCUCCCCCUUAAAACGCUGAUUCACUUUAUUUUUCUCUCCCGAAGUCUCACGCUUUUCGAUUCCGACCAGAGAAGAAGAUGAGUGAAGAAGGGAAAGAGAGAGCUGCUCCUCGUCUCAACGAGAGGAUCCUCUCUUCCUUGUCCAGACGAUCCGUAGCUGCUCAUCCAUGGCAUGAUCUCGAGAUUGGACCUGGAGCUCCACAGAUUUUCAAUGUGGUGGUUGAGAUCACAAAGGGAAGCAAGGUCAAGUAUGAACUUGACAAAAAGACAGGACUCAUCAAGGUUGAUCGUAUUCUCUACUCAUCAGUUGUUUACCCUCACAACUAUGGUUUCGUUCCUCGCACCUUAUGUGAAGACAAUGACCCUAUUGAUGUUUUAGUCAUCAUGCAGGAACCUGUGCUUCCAGGCUGUUUUCUGCGUGCUCGUGCUAUUGGAUUAAUGCCUAUGAUUGACCAGGGUGAAAAAGAUGACAAGAUUAUUGCAGUUUGUGUUGAUGAUCCUGAGUACAAACACUACACUGACAUCAAAGAAUUGCCUCCUCACCGUCUCUCUGAGAUCCGUCGUUUCUUUGAAGACUACAAGAAGAAUGAGAACAAGGAAGUUGCAGUUAAUGAUUUCCUGCCAUCUGAGAAUGCUAUUGAAGCUAUCCAGUACUCAAUGGACCUUUAUGCUGAGUACAUUCUCCAUACCCUGAGACGUUGAAGCUUUCUCCUCAACAACAUUUCUUGCAACAUCUUGGUUUCUGUUUCUCAAGAACAUUAUCUAAAUUUGAUACUUUCUCUGCAUUUUUGUAAGACUUUGGAUGUAUCAUUGGUCCGUGUGAACUCAUUUCGAUCGAAUUGUGUUAACCAACACACUCGUUAAGCAUCAUUCAUGGAUAUAAAGAACAUUAUCUUCCACUUGUUAAUUGGGUCUUUCAUAAACGGCCCAUCUUAAUCUUAAGCAUAGCCCAAUAUUUACCAAAUCAGCGGUACAAUAACAUUGAGGAUGGGGGCUCAGUGUUAAGUAAUUGUUCAUUCAGUACUCUCUGGGUAACACUAAACUGUUCCGAUCAUAGAUUGAGUUUGAUUGCGCGAGUAUUAACUCGAAGAAUUAUUUGUUCAAGUAUUUGUUUACAUAUGUAUUGUAAGAGAAAAACAUCUAAUAAAAGAGAGGUAGC